AUGAUGAGCUCGCUGCUGUUCGGGGAGAUGGCCCUGGCCUUCGGGGGCCCGCCGGGCGGGGGCGCCCGCGGGGGCGGCGGCGGGGUCGGGCCGGGGCCGUCGCCCGUGACCGCGGCGCUGCGGGACGACCUGGGCUCCAACAUCCACCUCCUGAAGGGGCUCAACGUGCGCUUCCGCUGCUUCCUCGCCAAGGUGCACGAGCUGGAGCGGCGCAACCGGCUGCUGGAGAAGCAGCUGGAGCAGCAGCAGAGCGAGCGCGAGCGGCGGCUGCGCUACAAGACCUUCUCCCGCGAGCAGGCCGUGCAGACCGGGCCCGAGCUGCUGCGGCCCCCGGCGCCCGGCGCCGGCCCCGCGGCGGCCGCCAACGCCAACGCCGGCGCCGCGGCCCCGGGCGGCUCCGCGCACCCGCCGCGCUACGGCCGCCUGCCCGGCACCAUCUGGAGCUACACGCAGGUGCGGCGCACGGGCGGCGGCGGCGUGGAGACCGUGCAGGGCCCCGGCGUGUCGUGGGUGCACCCCGACGGCGUGGGCGUGCAGAUCGACACCAUCACGCCCGAGAUCCGCGCGCUCUACAACGUGCUGGCCAAGGUGAAGCGCGAGCGCGACGAGUACAAGCGCAGGUGGGAGGAGGAGCUCGCCAAGCGCCUGAACCUGCAGACCAUGGUGGACACACUCCAGGAGGCAGCACAGGAGGCUGAAGCCAUCCAGGAGGAGAUGAAUGAGAAGAUCGAGAGGCUCAAGGCGGAGCUGGUGGUGUUUAAGGGGCUCAUGAGUGAUCCCAUGACAGACCUGGACACAAAGAUCCAAGAAAAGGCCAUGAAGGUGGACAUGGACAUCUGCCGCCGAAUCGAUAUCACGGCUAAGCUGUGCGAUGUCGCACAGCAGCGGAACUCGGAAGACGUGUCCAAGAUCUUCCAGGUGGUCCCCAAAAAGAAAGAGAAGAAGGUGGCCUCCGACGAUGACAACUCUGAGCAGGACGGAGAGGUGACCCGGUUCCCAGAUGACGAGGUCGGCUCCAUGAACAUCACGGAUGAGAUGAAGCGCAUGUUUAACCAGCUGCGGGAGACCUUUGAUUUCGACGACGACUGCGACAGCCUGACAUGGGAAGAGAAUGAAGACACGCUGCUGCUCUGGGAGGAUUUCACCAACUGCAACCCGUCCAUCGACCUGCAGGGCGAGCAAGAGGAGAACUUGGGCAACUUGAUUCACGAGACCGAAUCCUUCUUUAAGACAAGGGACAAGGAAUACCAGGAAACCAUAGGCCAGAUCGAGCUGGAGCUGGCCACAGCCAAGAGCGACAUGAACCGACACUUGCAUGAGUACAUGGAGAUGUGCAGCAUGAAGCGUGGCCUGGACGUGCAGAUGGAGACCUGCCGCCGGCUCAUCAAAGGCUCCGCAGACAGGAAUUCACCGUCCCCCAGCUCCGUGGCCAGCAGCGACUCAGGAAGUACAGAUGAGAUCCAGGACGAGUUUGAGCGGGAGGCGGAUGUGGAGCCCAUGGUCAGCUGAUGACUGAGGCCUCUGUGCCCAGCGGGCUUGGUGAUGGGGCCUCUGCCCUCUCUCCCCCUGGGGCCAGGAAGGCUCCUUGGAGUGGGGCUCAGGCCUCACCACACAGACUUCCUAUGUCCUCCCUUCUCUGGAGGCCCCAAGGGACUGCUGCUUCCUUCCUUCCUUCCUUCCUUCCGUCCUACCACCCACCAGUGCCCCUUCUCCAUCCACCCACCCACCAAGGAAUGGUGCUGUCAAUUUCUAUUGUUCUCCACAUUACAAAUGCAGACUUCUGUCCGGAUGAUGCAGUGUAAACUGUGCCUUUUCCCUUAAGCUGAGCCACUUUGAGCUCCGAAGAAUUCUUCCUAGCAGGUGUUUUUAUAUAAAACUCUAAGGUGAGGGCGGGGCCCUGGGUGUGGUAUACUGUGGUUUUCUACCCUCCCACCUGCUCCUCCAAUUGGCCAUGAGCUGUGCCCUCCCUCCUCUGCAGGCCCUCUGACUGCUGGAGUUGGCCGUGAGGGGGUCCAUGCCCCCCAGGAAGGAGCCCUUGGACUCUGUGACUUUUCCAGGCCAGGGUGGAGACUUCUUAAGGUUUUCCACUUACGGAAAGAAAGGAAAGAUGAAAGGAGGGAGGGAAGACAAAUUUUUAUUUCUUUUUGGAUCUAGUGGCAAAGCAGAGGGACAAGGCACUGUGGGGGAAGGUGGAGCCUCACUGUGUUUAAACUACUAUGCAAAAAACAAAACCAACAAAAAAAGCAGCUUGCCUUAUAUCAUUGUAGAAGGUAGGCCUGGUCCCAGACUCCUGCUUUGGAGCUGGGAGGGAGGCCGGAGCUGGAACGAUCUGUCUCGUAGCAGCUCCGAGGGCGGGUACUGACUCAGGAGGGGCUUCCGUCAGGCCUGGAUCCUGCAAGGCCCUUGGCCCACCUGACUGCUGACUUUCUUGGGACCUCUGGGGUGGGAGAGGGGAGUCUUUUAUUGCCUGUUGACUUGAUGUUUCCCCUCCCUUCCCCACCAAUAAUUCGGGGUUUAUCUGUAAUUUCUCUAUGAGAAAGUCUGAAGGGCACCAGGCCUGGCAUCCACCCCCUUCCACAGUGGAGCUGGGUUAGUCCCAGCCCACUGCCGUCUGGGAUCUCCACUGUCCCCCCAACACCCCUGUUUGGCAGGCAUUAGAAAGGAAAGGUUCGAGAUGGUGAAGCUGGCGUUGAAGCAAGGCCCAUCCAUGGACAUGUCAGCCUCUUUCCAUGUUUCACUUGAUCGACUGACCAUUUGGGGAGUUAAUCUGAGCCAGUAUCUCCCCAAGACUUGGGGGACCUGAGUGCAAGGGCCCUGGUGGGGUCUUCACGGAGCAGGCCUCGCAGGCUUCCUUUUCUUUUUGUACCACUACUUGGGGGAGUGCAGGUUUCUGUUUUGGGUGGCCCAGGAGCUCCCCCUGGAGGUCAAGGCCAAGAACUCCCCGCACCAUGCUCGCUGCGGUGGAGCAGAUGGGGAGCUCUGGCUUCGGGUCUGUCCUCCUCAGGGUCAUAGCGACCUGUGUGGGCCUUCUCUCUCGUCCAUUUCUCCUGUCUGUUUUGUAGUCUUAAAACCAUUGUACAUAAUAUUCUAUAAUAUGUAUGUGUAGAGAGUGUGCUAGUGACUGUCAUUUUUAUUUAUCAGAAUUUGGUGGCCUUUAUUGUGUUUUUCCCUUUUUUUUUUGUUGUUCUUGUUUUUGUUUUUCUGUUUUGUUGGAGGAGCCUCCUGAGAGGCCUCCCUCCCUGCCCAGCAUCUCUUACCAACCAAGCAGGCCCUGGGGAGGUACGCAGAGGGACGGUGGCUCGGGAGGGGAGACAGCCCUUUCCCUCCUCCACACGGACCCUUGUUCUAGAGGUUACAGGGUUCAGAUGUACCUGAUUAUUAUUGUUGUUGUUUUAGUGUCUUUCUUAUUUUAACCAAAGGUUAUCAGAGCCAGUUGGGCUUGGACCUCAGCUGCUGAAAAGAUUUUCCGUUUCCGGGCGGGCUGGAAAAUGGCCGCCACAUGGGCCUCCCGUGUCCAGGGCUGAGGAGGCGUCGCAGGCAGGCGGGCAGAGUGAGAGCCAGUCCGGGUUGUUCAAGGUGGUGGGUGCAGGUCUAUCUUUAGAGUUAGGACAGAAAGGCGUCUGAGGGCAGCUACGGUGACCACGGCGAUGGGUGUUCUGUGGUAUAACUUGCUUUCCCUCUUGUACACAUCGGAUGUUCGUCUUGAGGGGCUAGGGUUCUCCGAAUUGUCAUGGGAGUCUGGGAAUGACAGGAGGCAGAGACAGACAUUCCCUUCCUGCUUGUUUCCAAUCUCUGCUCUCCCUCGGGGAGAAAGGGUUUGGGCCUGGUGGGUGGGAGACACCAAGGGCCUGACCUGCCCACCUCCUCGGUGGGCUCCUGGGUCUUGGCCUGGCUGCCUCCCUCCUCACCAAGUUCUUUUUUGAGUUCGUUGCCAGUGGGCCCUGCUUGUCACUUCACCACGAGCCCACAGCUUGCCAAGAAAAACCCCAAUGCUUGCUGGGGCAGCACCGGGUCCAGCUGGGACCGACGGGUCCAUUCUUUGUAAAGCUGUAAAUACUUCGUUUUGGUUUUCUACUUCUAAGCUCGGUGUCAUAUUGACACUGGUAUUUUAGAAUCCUCAGAUGGACUCCCUGUGCUGCACUCUCUUACUCUCCUAUUUUGGGGGUUUGAUAAAAAGAGAGGUUGGGGGAGGGGCAGGAAGAGCAGCUUCCUUUUGGCUCCCUGGUUGUGGACUACACACACAUACACACAUUUGCUCUCAUGCACACACACUUUUGUGACUGAACAGGGAACAUAAUUUUUGGCAAGUAGACACAUUUUGUUUUCUUGUGGCAAUAUGUCACAUCUUCAGGUCUCUGUGGGUGGCGAUCAGAUGAUGUGGACGAUCAAACCCUUUAGCUUGGGAUGGGGGACGGGGUGUGGGGAAGGGAUAAUAUAAAGUGUAACUUAAGCUCAGUGUAAUCUAUUUAUAAAGCAAGAAACUCCUCUAUUUUUGUGAAAGGAAAGGCUUUUUUAAAUCUACGGUAGGCAGUUGUGGUAGCCCAGCAUUUUUCUGUGGACAAAUGCAUGUUGCUGCUGGAUUGAAUACAAUCAGCACCCCUCACCUCAUCUCCCCUCCCACCUCAUCUGCAGAGCACAGUCUCUUUCACCCCGUUUCCCUGGCCCCCCAGCUCCAUGGUCCUUGAAAGUCUUAGAGGGAGGGCACUUGUGGGAGUGGGUGAGCGGUGGGGAAUGCAGAAUUGAGGGGGGCGGAAGAGGGCAAAGGGCAUGGUAAGGGGCUACUCUGCUUCAGGGGGUGGGUGCUGAUCAGUUACUCAGGCUCUGGUCUGCCGGGGUCCAUUGCCAAAUCCCCUGUGCUGUGGGAGAGUUGGGAAGCAACUCUCUUCCCAAGAGUAGGUGGCUGUGGGCUGGAGGUCGGGGACCACAAUGCUUCUCUGGGGCCUGGACCCUAGUGGCUCAGGUUGUCUGGCAGCUGAGUGGGGCAAAGCCCACGAGAUGCCCAGAGCUGGCUCUGGGCAGCAUCCCGGCUGUGCUCCUCCAGGGCCCUGGGUGAGGAACUAGGGUACUGGGGGCUUCCUCAGACCUGGAUCCUCUACCUGGAUACCCCAAGCUCUGGUUCUAGAAGGGCACUCUCCUAGCCUAGGCAGCCAGGUGGGUGCGGGCAAAGGCAACGUCUCUCUGGAAGAGAAUUUUCCAUGGGUGGGAGAUUCCCAGGCUCAAUGUGGGCUGUGUUUCUUUUGGGGAAAUCCCUCACCAUUCCCUCUGCCAAGUCUUGAAAAAAAGAGGCAAAGGCACCCCAACCCCAAGACCCCUUUGUGGACAUUUUAGCAUCUACCUGAUUUUUAGCCCCAUUCAGGGUGACUGUCCCGGCGUCCCACGCCACCACUCUUGCUCUUUGUCUGCCACCUGGGUCUAGCUCCAAGGGGAAGGGGGGGUUUAUACUCUUUGAAAGACUACUGAUCCUUCCAGAAACCAACCUGUUUACUGUACUGUUGUAAAUAUCAUGCCCUUUAUAUCCUGUAUAUUGGCUUCUUUUAAAUAAAGUGAAAUGUCUUAGAAU